AUGACCGAUCCAACUAAACCAUACCAGUGCACUGUUUGUCACAAAACAUUCGCCCAUCAUUGCUUUCUCAAACGUCAUGAAGUGGUUCACACAGGAGAAAAGCCGUUCGAAUGUGAUGUUUGUGGCUUCAGAUUUAGCCAAAAAGCUCAUUUAUCCACACAUCUUCGAACGAUUCAUGCCGAACAAACACCGAAAAGCAGUCGCAACACACCAAGAAAUUUGGGUCGAAAUACCAGAAAGUCGACGAAAGCUGUUAAGAGUCGCAUUGUUCCAACACCAAAAACGAAGAAAAAUCGAUCGAAAGAAGCGCCAAAAAGAUCUCGGCGAGAAGCGGAAGAUUUGGAAGCGAUGGAUGAUGACAGCGACCGGUCCGAGCAUCAACGAGAAAUCGAUUUGAAUUCUGUGGUCUCUUCGAACCGAGAUACUGGAAAUCACGGAAACAGCGAUGAAGUAAUCGAUCUAUUUGAAACGAAUGAAGAUGAAACUGAAGAAAAACCGCGUCUGAUGCUUUCCGCUCCGCUGCCAAAAAAGAGUAAAAUCAAUACUCCGCUUAUAAAAUCUACACCUUUCCCCAUCAAAAUUGAGAAUCCAAUCGUUCAAGAAGUCGGUGAUUUGAUGCCUCUUAUAGGUCUAUCGACAUCUGCAUUCCCUCCAUCAGCUUCACAUCAGGGAAUUCUUGACAUGGAUAUGGAGUCUGCAAUUGGAAAUGUUUCGAAUAUUUCACCGACCAAUACACCGCAAUUCAGUUUUGAUGAAGACAUUCGUCAGAUCGCUCAUCAAUUGUCUCGAGUUGCCACCGCCCGUCCGGAUGCUCAUGAUGUUCUGCGAGAAGUGAUGUUCGGAACGAUUCUUGCAUUCGGAAAUGGAGGAUUCAAUGACAAUGUUGGAGAGUUCUUCAAGAAGUUGAGCGAUCGAUACAAUAAUUGA